GGAAUAGGUUGACCCAUCUUCACGUUGCACUUGCGGUAACAUACAGAGCAAAUUAGAAGGCUUUCAUUCAAAAGCCAAAGCAUUAAGUGAAAUGCUAAAAUAAAGAGCAUAUAUACAACUGUCAAAAAGAAGUAUUUACGAAAAGAAAAAGAAAAUAGAACGAGGACGGCGACAGCAUCGCAGACAGAAAGACAGAAAGCCUCUGUUUAGACUCCUUGUCUGCCUGCCCAUCUGUGGUCCUGUGGAGAAGCCCUGACCUCUUUCCUUAUAGAUAUACAGUCCACAACCUGACUUCACUCUGUCCCCUGCCUCAUGGUCUAAGUGGACAGAUGAUCCUGCCGCCUCUUAACAUUGUUGCCACAAAGACAGUCAGAAGGAAGUAGACUUGGUGCCAAACUGUGUCUUAGAAGCCUCUGAGGCUGGGAAGCGAGAGGUCAGGAGUUUGAGAUAUGCCCUCACCCCCCAAUGAUGGAGACAAUCAAAGAACAUCCCCCAUGAAAAUGUCACCAGCUCUAACCAAUCAGAAUGGCGUAAAGAGGAAAGUGCGCACCAAGAAGAAGAAGAAGAAGGGAUUCAUCACAGCCAAUGUUAUAGGAACAAAAUAUGAGAUUGUUCGUAUCGUCAUUGAGGAGCUGACCUUUCAUAAAGCCAGAGAUGAUGACGAGACAGCCAAUCUCAUCUGGAAUGACUCUGCCGUGCAACAUGAGAAAAUCGCUGAGCUCAGGAACUAUCAGAGGAUAAACCAUUUCCCAGGAAUGGGUGAGAUCUGUCGGAAAGACUGCUUGGCAAGGAACAUGGCCAAAAUGAUUAAAAGUCAGCCUCAGGAAUAUAGCUUCAUCCCCAAAACCUGGAUCUUCCCAGCUGAGUGCACACAGUUCCAAAACUACGUGAAGGAGCUGAAACGAAAAGGCAAGCAGAAAACUUUCAUCGUUAAGCCAGCAAAUGGAGCCAUGGGCCAUGGGAUAUCUCUGAUUCGAAACUGUGAAAAGCUCCCGGUCCAGGAUCACUUCAUUGUGCAGGAAUAUUUAGACAAGCCCUUUCUUAUGGAGGGCUACAAAUUUGACCUGAGAUUCUACAUUCUUGUCACUUCCUGUGAUCCACUACGUGUCUUCCUUUACAACGAUGGCCUGGUGCGAAUGGGCACAGAAAAGUAUCACACGCCAAAUGAGUCAAACUUGAACCAGCUAUACAUGCACUUGACCAACUAUUCCGUGAACAAACACAAUGAAAACUUUGAGCGUGAUGAAACUGUGGACAAAGGCAGCAAACGGUCAAUUGGCUGGUUCACCGAGUUCCUUCGGAUUAAUGAUUAUGAUGUGGCCAAAUUCUGGGGAGAUGUAUCGGAGCUGGUGGUGAAGACCCUGUUAGUGGCUGAGCCGCAUGUGCUCCACGCUUAUCGCAUGUGCCGUCCUGGUCAGCCACCAGGGAGCGCCAGUGUCUGCUUUGAGGUGUUGGGUUUUGACAUAAUCCUCGACCGCAAGCUCAAGCCCUGGCUCUUAGAGAUCAAUCGUGCACCGAGUUUUGGGACAGAUCAAAAGAUUGAUUACGACGUGAAGAAGGGGGCUUUACUUAAUGCCCUGAAACUGCUCAACAUCAGAGCGAGUGAUAAACGGCGGAAUCUGGCUCAGCAGAAGGCAGAAGCCCAGCGCCGACUGUACGGACAGGGAUCCAUGCGGAAACUGACUGCCGGGUCUUCAGAAUGGGAGAAACAACGCCACUUGCUAGAACGCAGAAGGGAGGAACUGAAAGAAAGACUGGCUCAAGUCCGCAAGCAAGUCUCCAGGGACGAGCACGAAAAGCGGCACCUGGGGAACUACAGACGUAUUUACCCCCCAGAUGACAAGCUGCUCUUGGAGAAAUAUGAGAGUCUCCUUUCAGCUGCCUUUCAGACAUUCCUCGCUGGGCGAGCAGCUUCACUUCAAAAGGAAAUGAAUAAUCCACUGAAACGAAUGAAGGAGGAAGAUAUUCUAGACCUUCUGGAACAGUGUGAACUUGACGAUGAAAAACUGAUGGGAAAAACCUCCAAACAGAAAGGACCCAAGGUCCUGUCAUCCAUGCCUGAGAGCAGCCCAGUGCCCAGAGGGCACAGAGACCCUGAAGACUCCUCGGCCAGCUGCAGCGACAGCAGCUCUGCUUCUGACGCUGAUGGAGAAGAUGAGAGCAGCAGCAUCAUGCAGGAGAAACUCAAUCGCCCUGAACGCUCCAGUCGUGUUCAUUGGAAACCUGCCCCUAAACCAGUGCGGGGUCCUUCCUCCUCACCCUAUCUUUCUGGAUUCAUCCGCCGCUCUAUGUCCUGUCCCCGCUCCAUAUCCUCUCUGACUGCGCAGUCACCUACCAACGAGACCAGGCAGCCAAAAACAGCCACUCAAAUGGCCAACACGAUGACUGCUGCAGCCACUCAAACUGCAGCCACCAUGAUGCAGAUGACCCCAGUUCGACCCCACACAGCAUCUCGUUCCCAGUCGCUCAGUCGCAACUGCUCUACAAAUAGAGUUCCACACAGCAGCAGUCUAGGUGCCAUUCACCCCAAUUCGGCGCAGGGGGAGACCCCACUGAGUAAAGAGCAGGAGGCCGAGCUGAUGCAGCAGACACUGACCGCGCUCGGGGAGAUGAGGAUUCGUUACCCGGGGAAGAGCGAGGAGGAGGCCGAGGCCAUGUUGGAUGAGAUUCUGAACAACUGGAAAUACCAUAAGCCAAAAGUUGCGUCUUACUGGCUGGUGAAGUUAGAUGCUACCAAGCAGAGAAAGGUUUUGGAUAUUGUCCGUACCAACAUCCGCUCAGUUCUGCAGAGGAUUUGGAGUGAACCAGAUGUGGAGAGUCUACGUCUGUAUCGCCUCUUCAAUCGUGUGUUUAACCGUCUGCUCUGGAGCCAUGGUCAGGGGCUCUGGAACUGCCUCUCCACCUCUGGCAGGUCGUCGUGGGAGUGCGUUUUCAAUAAGACCAGUGAGGUGGUGAAUGCGCAGGAGCUGAGGUGCUGCCAGCGUGUCGUACAGUUGUGUAGAGACUGUCUACUUAUCGUCUACAAGUUCGUGGCCGACUCUCGCGGUUCACUCAGUGGACUUAGCCCAGACUGGGAUGACACAAGGUAUCUGCUGCCAGUCACCUCCCAGUUCAUCAUCAAGUGGCCAUCUUCUAGCUUCGGCCGCUCUUCAUCUUCAACGCGCCCCCGCAGUGUGUUUACCGCACGAAUGGGGCACUUCUGAUGACCCACAACCUGCUGGGGGAGAGAAUAUAUUGACCUGUUUCGCAGGGCGCAAUGCCUGGGACCUUCAACAAACAUAUUGAUGGGGAUUGUUUAAUGCAUAUGAUCGAGCAGUUCUCUGCCUCCUUGUCUGCUGUACAAAAUGAUCUGCUGAAUUGUUAUGUUUCUUAGGAUGCUUGCAAAUAAAUUCAUAACCUUCUCAUCUUUACAAGGACUUCUACAACGGAUUACAGCGCAUUGUUGCAGGAUCGUGGGUUCAGGAAAGACUUUAUUCACUUUUCUUCAAUGACCAUGGUGUUAUUUAUUUGACUUAUUUAUUAAUACACAACAUGGCGUGACUUUAUUAAUCCUCACUUUAGCUUUUAUAUUAUUUAAUAUUUAUUUACAAUUGGCCAUUCACAGGAUCUCGAUAGAAAUGGGAAACGCAAUGUAUAUGAUGACAGGCAAAAAAGCCAGCCGAUUUGAAUGUUAUCACUGGAUUAAAUGGGCGUUAUCAGUGGUUAUCAGCUGAUAGAUAUGGGCCAGUAGGGGCCUUCUGCACCUACUGGUACACUCAAAGUAUUUUUUUGCUCGUUCAAGCUGCUUUAAAGUGAGAAAAAAAUGAGCUAAAACAACACAAUUCUUGAGAUUUCAUUGGGACAACUUAAUUUUUUUUAUGUUCAAUCCAUGUAAAUUUGUGUUAGAACAUCAUGAAUGAAUUGUGUGGAACCCUGCAUUUUUUAUAGCUAUCACAUACAUCUGCGGCUAGAAGGUAACGAGAAUUAUUUAUUUAAUGUUCCAUUAAUUAUAUUUUAUUAACGUCUACCCCUACACCCAGGGCCGGAUUAAGUGAUUUGAAGGCCCUAAGCAACUCCAGCCACGGGGCCCCAAGUCUUGAAAUGAAUAUAAAGUAAAAAAAUAAAAGUAAAAAUAGUUCAAAUAAAGUGAAGAGAAAUACUUUUAUUUAAUUUGUAUUUAUUUUGCAGCUUCUUUAUCACUCAAUCAUCUUUUCUACGUUUAUCUUAACAUAAGCUUUUUAAAUAAUCAGAUGUCUUAAAAUUAAUUUACAAAUAAAAAUAUUUCUAUAUCUUUUUAGAAAUUUGACUGCGGGACUGUUGAGGGUAGUGGACUUUUUUUGUAUAAUAUUAUUAUUAUUGCAUAACACUACGUUAUUAUUUAAUUGUAUGUUAAAUAAUAUUAAAUUAUGUAAAAAAAUUAUUUAUUUUUUACUCUCACUAUACAAAAUCCGAUAGAAAAUGAUGUAAUAUUUAUAUGUUUAUCAUAGGUAUAAUUUAUACUUCUAGAUAUUUAUUUAUAGCCCUAAGUGGCCACUUACCUUUCGUAUUGGUUAAAUCCGCCCCUGCCUACCCCAACCCUAAAACCAAUCUCCACAGUAUUGUAAAAACAGAUCUGAUUCUAGAGUCUUCUUUAUUCGUAUAACUGAUUAACCACUAGAAUUAUAAAAAUUAUUUAUUAAAUUUGCCAUGAAUUGUAUUUUAUUAACGUCCACCCCUACCCAAAACCCAACAAUCACAGUAAUGUCAAAACAUAUCUAGAGUCUUCUCUAUUAGUAUAGCUGAUUAACCAUGAGAAUUAUUCAAAGUAUUUAUUAAAUUUGCCAUUAGUUGUAUUUUAUUAAUAUCUACCCCUGCCCAAAACUCUAAACCCAACCAUCACAGUAAUGUAAAAACAUAUCUGGAGUAUUCUCUAUUAGUAUAGCUGAUUAACCAUGAUAAAUAUUUAUAUUAUUUAUUAAAUUUGCCAAAAAUUGUAUUUUAUUAACAUCUACCCCAACCCAAACCCUAAACCCAACCAUCACAGUAACGUAAGAGUCAAUUAGUAUAGCUGAUUAACUAUGUGGAUGGUUAAUAACAGCCAUCUGAGCCUACAAGUAGGCACAGAAAGCCCCUACUUACCCAUAUCUACUAGCUGAUAACCACUAAUAAUGUUCAAUCGAGUGAUAACAUUCGAAGAGCAUAAAAGCAGCCUCUUGUGUUCCAAUGGCCUGUAACUAUGUGAGACUAAAAUCAGGAAUUUGUUUUCCAGUAUGGGGACCUCUUGUCUAUUUCUUUAGAUUAUCAACCAGCUUGAUUUAUUCAUUCAGAAUAAUACAUGUGUUGUUGCAUGCAGUCAGGAAGAACACAUGCAAAAGACUAUACUUCUGGAAUUCAUGUCAUUUGAGUGCCCUUCCAAGGAAGAGAGAGUGUUAAGAUAUAGAGUUUGGGGUUGUAUGGGUUGGUUUAGUGUUUUAUCCCUAUUAAGGUUAAGAGUUGUAAACGCUUGGAGUAGAUGCUCGAUGUUAUACUAGACUAUAGAUGCCUGUUCUGAAUUUAAAGUUGAGAUCAACUAAAGGGAUGCAAGUCUGUAAAAAAAAAAAAAAAA